AUGUCUACGGUCAAGGAGCGGCUUAUUGAAAAUCUGAUUGCGGAAGAUACAGGCUCCCAGUGUAAGAUCACCAUUGUUGGAACGGGUAACGUAGGCAUGGCUUGUGCUAUUUGUAUCUUACUAAAGGAUUUGGCUGAUGAACUUGCCCUUAUUGAUAUUGCAUCGGACAAAUUGAAGGGAGAAACAAUGGAUCUUCAGCAUGGCAGUCUUUUCUUUAGUACUGCAAAGAUUAUCUCUGGAGAAGAUUACACUGUAUCUGCCAACUCCAAAUUAGUUAUUGUCACAGCAGGUGCAAGGCAGCAGGAGGGAGAAAGUCGCCUUGCCCUGGUUCAACGUAAUGUGAAUGUCAUGAAGUCAAUUAUUCCUGCCGUAGUUCAUCAUAGUCCUGACUGUAAAAUUCUUAUUGUUUCAAAUCCAGUGGAUAUUUUGACAUAUGUGGUCUGGAAGAUAAGUGGUUUACCUGCAACUCGUGUAAUUGGAAGUGGCUGUAAUCUAGACUCUGCCCGUUUCCGGUACCUAAUUGGAGAGAAGUUGGGUAUCCAUCCCACAAGCUGCCAUGCAUGGAUUAUUGGAGAACAUGGUGAUUCUAGUGUGCCCUUAUGGAGUGGAGUGAAUGUUGCUGGUGUUACUCUGAAGAGUCUAGACCCUAAAUUAGGAACUGAUUCAGACAAGGAACAGUGGAAAACUAUCCAUAAACAAGUUGUUGAAAGUGCUUAUGAGAUUAUCAAGCUGAAGGGGUAUACCUCUUGGGCUAUUGGACUGUCUGCGACAGAUCUGGCAGGAUCAAUUUUGAAAAAUCUUAGGAGAGUACAUCCAGUUUCCACUAUGAUUAAGGGAUUAUAUGGAAUAAAAGAAGAAAUCUUUCUCAGUAUCCCUUGUAUCUUGGGGCGGAAUGGUAUCUCAGAUGUUGUAAAAGUUAACUUGAAUUCUGAGGAGGAGGACCUUUUCAAGAAGAGUGCAAAUAUGCUUUGGAAUGUCCAAAAGGACCUGGUAUUUUGA